AUGUCUACUACAACUGCUCUGCUACUGCAGGAGAUUGGCGGACCAUUCACUCUCGAACAAAUAUCUCUUGGCGCCAUUCGAGAUGACGAGGCUCUAGUGGAGAUUCAUGCAACAGGAAUAUGCCACACCGACUUAUCUUGCGCAAACGGCACACUCCCUGCUUCCGCACCUGCGGUCUUGGGACAUGAAGGUGCUGGGGUGAUCAAACAAGUUGGCUCAAAUAUCAUUGAUUUGAAACCCGGCGACAAAGUACUCCUCUCGUUUGCGCAUUGUGGCACCUGCGAACAAUGCACAUCAGGACAUCCUGCGUACUGCAACUCCUGGGUCCCGUGGAACUUUGGCGGCAAACGACCCGAUGGUUCUGCUGCAUUGCACCUCGAGGGCAACCAAGGCAAAAAAGAGCUGUAUAGCAGUUUCUUUGGCCAAAGCUCUUUCGCAAAUCUCGCCAUAGUCCACCGAUCAAGUCUAGUCAAAGUGAAAGACGACACCAAUCUUGGUUUGUUUGCGCCGCUCGGAUGCGGCCUCCAGACUGGAGCGGGUGCCAUUCUCAACACACUAGACGUGCAACCUGGGAAGACAGUCGCCAUCUUCGGAACUGGCUCUGUAGGCAUGAGUGCUGUCAUGGCUGCCAAGAUCCGUGGAGCCAAGGAGAUCAUCGCCAUUGACCUCCAACAAUCUCGGCUUGACCUGGCCAAGUCGCUGGGGGCUACGACAACCAUAUUAGGCAGCGACCCUGACAUUAUCUCUAAGAUCCAAGAGAUCUCACCUCCGAACGGCGUUAAUUAUGCUCUUGAUUGCUCGGGUGUACCAGCUGUUAUUGAGACAAUGAUCAAAUGCCUCGGGACUAGAGGUCGAGCUGCUUCUGUGGGAGCUCCGUCUCCCGGAAAAACUGUCAGUGUUGAUGUCUUUGCACAGCUUAUCCACGGACGAGAAUAUGUUGGCUGCUGCGAGGGCGAUGCCACCCCCGACAAGCUGGUUCCAUUCCUGAUUGAGCAACAUGCGCAAGGCAAAUACCCCAUUGACAAGUUGGUUACAUACUAUGAUGUGAAGGACUUCGAAAAAGCCAUUAGCGAUACAAAGAGUGGGAAGGCUCUUAAGGCUGUGCUUAAAUGGACCUCAUAG